AGAUGCUUUUCCCAAGGGAGCAUCCCGCAUGGAGACGUUUUGUCGGGGGGACCGAGUGAACCGAAGAGGCUCGCGGUGAUGAUGUCAUCGCUGCUACUCUCCCAGCUCCUUCUGCUCAGCCUCAAGGUCGCUCCCGCGACGGCCGACCUCGGGGGACGAUGUCCAGAUUUGGCUCCUGUGGACCUUCUAUCUGCUGUCCUCGGGAAGGACACCUCCAAACUCAUGGCGGGGGUGCACGUGAGGCCGUCCGCAGGGGUGUGCGGCGUCCAUUUCUCUGGGCCUCAUGCUCCCGUCGACCUGCUCUCCAACUGUGACCAUUCCCCCAAAGACUUCUCCAUCGUGGUCACGCUGAAAGUGGCUCGAAUCGCACACAAGAAAAACGAGUACAUCUUCUCCAUGAUGGAGCCGAAAAGAGCAGAGCAGGGCGCUCUGAAGGAAAAGGAGGAAGAAGAAGAGAGGGAAGAGGGAAAUAAUUUGCAAAUAGACAUGAGCGGAAGAAGAGCGAAGAACAAUGCCGAACACCGCCGUCUCCUCCUGGGACUGAGACUCUCCGGGAAACGACUUUACGUGCUCUUCAGAGGACAGCGAAGCGUCACUGAGCAGCGGGCGUUCCGGGGCGCCCGCCUCGCCGACAACCGCUGGCACACCCUGGUUCUGUACGUCGACGGUCGUCACGCCAGGCUGACGGUGGAUUGUGGCACGCCGCAGGAAAUCCUUCCCUCCAAGCCUUUCUCCUUGGACUUCAGCUUUCACGUGUCCAAAUUCCACAUUGGCAGUCGGGGCAGAUGGAAAGGAUUGUUUACGGGUCUGUUGCGACAGUUGGUUCUGGUGCCGGGUUCAGAUGCCACCCAUCAGAUAUGCCCGUCUACCCACCCUCAACUAGCAGCUCUAUCAGUCCCGCCGCUCCUGUUGUCAGAUGUUGCCGCCACCGCGAAGAUCGCUGCAAGUCCCUUGGUCUCUGACGGUAUAGUCGAAACGGAGGCCAGAGUGUCGGUUGGCUUACAGCGGACGUGUUCGGAGCCACUCCGAGGCCAGAUGUGGUUCAGUCCGCUCAGGAAAGCUCUUUACCUUUGCGACGGUACCUCGUGGAUCACCGCACUGGAGGAUCGUAAACGGCUGGACUAUGUUGAGGAACGGCAGGUUCUUAGCACCAGCUCAGAGACAAACGACAUAGAGGUCUUCCAGGUGCAGGGUGUGGGUCUGAUGGCUGCCAUGGCUCACCGCUCCACAGCUUCCGGCUCCGCAGUGUACCAGUGGACCCAACAUUACGGCUUCCAGCUGUACCAGAAUAUCAGCACGCAUGGAGCGCUGGCAUGGAGGCAUUUCAACAUGGGCAAGAAGACAUUUCUGGUGGUGUCCAACUCCGAUAUAAGCACCAAUGUGGGAAAGGAAUCCGACGUCUCUGUCAUCUACAAGUGGAGCCGAAGAAGCGAACAGUUUGUGCACUUUCAGACCUUGCAGACACACUGUGCACGGGACUGGGAGGCCUUCAAAAUCCAUCGACAGACAUAUCUCGUAGUUGCCAAUCACAGGAUAGGUAAUAACAACCACACGAUAGACAGCGUAGUGUACAAAUGGAACAAGCCAACUAAGUCCUUUGUGGUCCAUCAAAGGCUGAGAACGUUGGGGGCUUACGACUGGGAGUUCUUCAAAGUGGGACCGUACCAUUUUCUGGUGGUGGCAAACGCCUUUGACGGAGUAACCACGUCGGUGGAAUCGGUGAUCUACGUUUGGGUUGACGGGAACUUUCGAGUUUUCCAAACCAUUGAGACUUUUUGCGCCACCGACUGGGAGAUGUUCCAGAUCGGCACACGGGUCUUUCUGGUGGUUGCCAAUGGACACCGGCUCCACGGCAACGGGCCCGGCGAAUACGCCAUCAACUCCACCGUCUACGAGUUGGACAUGACCGAGCGGCUGUUUGUCCGCUUCCAGGACAUCGUCACAUACAGCGCGGUGGACUGGGAGUUCUUCAGCCUCGGGGAGGAAUAUUUCCUGGUCGUCGCCAACUCCUUCAACGGCGAGUCGUACUCUCUCAACAGUGUUCUCUACAGGUGGCAAGGCUACGAGGGCUUCGUUCCCAUCCACUGGCUCCCGACCAUCGGCUGUAGCGACUGGGAGUUCUUCAGUGCUGGCGGAGACUCGUAUUUGAUCUACUCCAGUGCCAAAGCGCGUCUCGCCAAAGUGUUCAAGCUGAAAAUGUACUGAGCUCGUUCUUUACCGUAUUUAAGCGUGUGGACGCAUGCCCUGUCUAUUUAGAGCAAGGGCUGAGGAACCUACUGCCCGUGGAGGGGCCAUGCCAAAA